AUGGAAAUAAUUCCUAGUCAAGUGGUCCGGGAUUUGAGCGCCUCAUAUGCACCUGUUAAUGAGGAAAAUGAGGCAAUCCGAGCAGUAGAGGUUGUCGCAACUACUGUGGAGUGCGACGUUACUAUAGAGUACUGCCAGCAGGGGAGUAUCAUGGGAGCACUUUCUGCAUUUUGUUCUAUUGUUUUUAUUUGUGUCCUGAUGAUGAAGAUAAAAAGAAUUGAAUCUAGUGGAAACCACUGCCCUGUGUCUUCAGAUAUUCAAGAGUUUAAAAGAUACCAUGAUGCUGUAAAAGAAGUCUUGCACAAAAAGGAUGUGAUUACAGAUGUCAGCCUCCUGAAAGCCAGAGUGCUGAAUCAGAUACAUCCCUCCGAGCAAUGCUGCUUCCUUCUCCAGCUAGGACGUUUUUACUUGAACAAUGUUUUCCCCAAACUGGAAUUUUCUUCCAUGAAGGAGCAGAAAUGUCUUAAUCAUUUGGCAAACUCUGUCCUUGGUUUAAAGAUUGAGCUCAAGCACUGUCAUUCUACUAUGAGGUGUGCAUGUGGUCAUCAGUCACACAAGAUUAUGGAAGAGUUUAGAGAAACCUUUUACCAGAUGGAGACAGAGGCAGCUAUUGUUAAAGCUUUUGGAGACUUGAAUAUACUGAUCCGCUGGAUGGAAAUAAAUUAUCCAGGGUGAAAGCAUUGAUAACAUUUCUGAACACCGUCAUUUGCAAUGGAUUAUCCCUUUUUUAUUAUAUAGUUAUGCUAUUGUUUCUGUUGCUGUUAUGAUAACAUGUUUUAAAUGACAAAUUUUAAUUUAAGAUUUCCAUAAUAUGUAUUUAUUGAAAUUUAAAACAGUUUAUUUCAGGGAGAUACUUGAAUUUUUUUUAUUAUAUUCUGAUAUUUUUCCAUAUUUAAUAUUUAAGUUUUAAAUAACUUAUUCAAGAGAGAAAGAAUUUACAUUUUAUUAAGACUGUUUUCAUAUAAUAU